UGUUUGACCAAUGAAUUUCAUUUAUACUACUUUUCUUUCGCAGUGCCUGCAGCGAAGGAGAAGCCACCAAUCUAUGUGGUGGGUGAUGUUGGUGGCCGCAUUGCCAUCAUGGUGGAUGACAUGGUGGAUGACGUGCAGUCCUUCGUGGUGGCUGCCGUAGUGUUGAAUGAGCGUGGUGCCUACAAGAUCUAUGUGCUGGCCACCCACGUACUCCUCUCCAGCGAUGCUCCGCAGCUCAUCGAAAACUCUCCAAUCGAUGAGGUGGUGGUGACCAACACGGUUCCGCACGAAGUGCAGAAGAUGCAGUGCCACAAGAUCAAGACGGUGGACAUUAGCGUCCUGUCCGAGGCCAUCCGGCGCAUCCACCACAAGGGGUCCAUGUCCUACCUCUUCCGAAACGUCACGCUCGAGGACUGAGCACACCUGGGAGUUUGGUUUUCAGA